UCAGCCAGGACCUCUUCACACCAACAACAUUGAACAUGGCGGCUGUAGUAGGUUCCCUCGUUGCGUACGGUAGCGAUUCAGACUCAGAAAAUGAGUCCGAGUCUAAAACCAGUCCAGAGAAAGUGGACCCAGAUGUGACCGCACAUCUUCAGCCCUUAAAAUCCGGGAAAACUACGAGUUUGGUGCUUAAUUCAGCGCCUGAAGUGGCCGUAAAGGAAGAUGUUGAGACUGGUACACAUCUGGAUCCUUCACUCAAAGAGGUCAGCUACAAUCCCACCUAUGACACCAUGUUUGCACCUGAGUUCGGACCGAUGAAUCCAUUCAGGACUAAACAAAUGUCCGCUCCGAGAAACAUGCUGUCUGGAUAUGCUGAGCCUGCCCAUGUCAACGACUUCAUGUUUGAGCAACAGCGAAGAACGUUUUCUACUUAUGGCUAUGCUUUGGAUCCAUCCGUCGACACCAAUCAGCUUUCCUCAAGCGCCUACAUCGGAGCGGUAGACGAGGCCGAAAAACAGAAAGGACUGACUGUUUUCGAAGCAUGCUCCAAAAAGUCGGAGAAGAGGAAGAAGGUGAAGGGAGGAGAUGCCUCAGAGAUCGAUGCCUUCUUGGGACCGUGGGCUAAAUACCAAGAUGAAAAGGAUGUUGCCAAACCCUCUGAGGAUGAACAAAAAGAACUGGAUGAAAUCACUGCAAAGAGACAGAAGAGAGGCAAGAAUGAGGACGAAGCUCCUGCCGAGGAGAAAACCAUUCUACACGUCAAAGACGCGUACGACUACCAGGGACGUUCUUACCUGCACAUUCCGCAGGACGUGGGCAUCAACCUGCGGUCUGCAGACACACCCGAUAAAUGCUACCUGCCCAAAAAGCAACUGCACGUCUGGACCGGGCACACAAAGGGCGUCAGUGCAAUCCGACUGUUUCCUGUCUCUGCUCACCUGUUGCUCUCCUGCUCCAUGGACUGUAAGAUCAAGCUAUGGGAGGUGUACGGUGACAGGAGAUGCUUACGAACGUUUAUUGGUCACAGUAAGGCAGUGCGUGAUAUCUGUUUCAAUAACAGCGGGACUCAGUUUCUCAGCGCUGGUUAUGAUCGCUAUCUUAAGCUGUGGGAUACAGAGACUGGUCAGUGCAUCUCCAAGUUUACGAAUAGGAAGGUGCCCUACUGUGUGAAGUUCAACCCUGAUGAAGACAAACAAACCCUGUUCGUGGCCGGCAUGUCAGACAAGAAGAUUGUACAGUGGGACAUUCGCUCGGGGGAAGUGGUGCAGGAGUACGACCGUCACUUGGGAGCCGUCAACACCAUCACGUUCGUGGACGAGAACCGCCGCUUUGUCAGCACCUCAGACGACAAGAGUCUGCGAGUUUGGGAAUGGGAUAUUCCAGUGGACUUUAAAUACAUUGCAGAACCCAGUAUGCAUUCAAUGCCAGCUGUGACGCUAUCUCCCAACGGUAAGUGGCUGGCUUGUCAGUCCAUGGAUAAUCAGAUCCUGAUCUUCGGGGCACAAAAUCGAUUCAGGCUAAACAAGAAGAAGAUCUUUAAGGGUCACAUGGUGGCUGGAUACGCCUGUCAGGUGGACUUUUCUCCAGACAUGAGUUACGUGGUGUCCGGUGAUGCUGAUGGGAAGCUGAACGUCUGGGACUGGAAGACCACCAAGCUGUACCACCGAAUCAAAGCACAUGACAAGGUGUGCAUCAGCGCCAUCUGGCAUCCUCACGAGACCUCCAAAGUCAUCACCUGCGGAUGGGACGGACAGAUUAAACUCUGGGAUUAAAUCUAGAAAGCGAGUCGAAGAAACCGGCCAUACAGGAGAGAGAACGUUGUUUUUUUUUCCAUGCUCUCGUGUGCUUGGCAGAUGUGCUCUUGGUUGUAUUUUUUUCAUGCUGAGUCCCACUGGCUUUGCCCAGGGUUGCUUCUACAGACUGAAGGUUCAGGACUGGUAUCCAGUUCUAAUUUGCAGUUGGAAUUAUUUCACCCUCCUUACAUUUUGAGACACUGAGUGACACUAGCAAUGGCUGUGGAAAGGAUUUGACUGGAUUUGUAUCAUCACCUCCAUGAUUACGAGCUAUUUUAUGUUCUUUUAAUGUUCAGCUCAUGAUUAAGAUAUCUUUUUCAGGAAAUAAACCAUUUUAUACUUUUUUCCCAUCGA